ACCUAUCUGACGUCAUCGCGAACCAACCGAAGGCGGGAAGUUUUUGAAACCUCAAAGCAAACCGGAAGUAGGAGAUCAGGGCAGACACGGGGUAUGUAUGUGGGCAAAAAUAAAUGAGAUAAGACAAAAUGAGUACAUCAACUCCUCAGUCAGGAGUGCGCAGAAAGCCAGCAACCCCAGACAGUGCUUUUCUGUCCCCAGCCACUAGGCCUCAGCCCGUCAGUGCGGCUGGUACUCCCACUCUGCAGAACUUUACUAGCAAUGAUGAUGAACGGGAAAGGAAACUUCGGCGUAUGUCCAGGGUCAUUGACCUGCAGCUUAGCAAUGCUGAUUCCCCUGCAUCUGCCAUUUCACCAGCUCAAAGCAGGGGAAUAGAUACUCCAACAUCUCUACUGCCCAAAUUAAGCAACACGCAGAUUUCAGAUCAUUAUUCCACCUGCAUUAAGCUGUCUCAGGAGAAUAAAAUAACAACUAAGAAUGCUUUCGGGUUGCAUUUGAUUGAUUACAUGGGUGACAUCUUGAAGCAUAAAGACAGCGAAUUAACUAACUUUAAAGUUGCAGCUGGGACUCUGGAUGCCAGUGCCAAAAUAUAUGCAGUGCGAGUCGAUGCUGUUCAUGCAGAUGUCUACAAAGUGCUUGGUGGGCUAGGAAAGGAAUCUCAGGCAACUGAGGACACAGACAACCAGGAAAUAGAUAAUUCAAAAGAUCCUCAGGACAGAAAGAAUCAGAAGAAGAGGAAACGUUCAUAUAAAACAAUUGAGAGGAAUCUGAAUAACAUAAACCGUUCAGAAACAGAACGCAAGAGUGAGGUUGACCCACUCUUCCAGAAGACAGCUGCCUCUUUUGAUGAAUUCAGUACUGCUGGUGUCUUCCUCUCCACUCUGAAAUGUCACAGUUAUCACAGCGAGUUGCGCUUUGAUACAGACGUCAGGCCACUUUCAACAACAGAGGAGACAGAGCCACCUAGUCCUGGUUCUGCCGACAGUACAGAACUUAAACCCCUGAUUUUACAGUGUGUGGAAAAGCGGCCAAUAUGUCCAUCCCUGUCUGGGUUCCGCUUCAUGCAGUGGAACAGUGAUGCCCAAAAUGAGAACUUAUCACUGUUAAUGGACAAGUUUAAAAAGAGUGACCACGUCUUUGACAUAAAUGCAGAGGUAGAGGAUGACUUUGCAGAGUCAGAAGCCCCGGUAGCUGAUGAUUUUGAUGCAGAUGUUUGUGAUGGGAUGGAUGCUGGAGAUAUCAGAGAGUUUGCUGAGCAUCGUGAGGCUUGCAGGUCGGAACGAAAAAGCUCUCUUUAUAGACCACAACUAACUCAAAUUGGAAAUGGUGACAUUGGUACCAUGUGCCUCCAACUGUCUUCGUGUCCAGGGGAGUAUUCCUAUUUCAGCCCCCGUACCAUGUCCAUGUGGGCAGGCCCCGAGCAUUGGCGUUUCCGUCCCCGUCAGAAAGCCAGCACAGACUCGGACCAACAGAAGGUCAAGAAGGCAAAGAAAGUAUUUGAAUUAAAUUUUGAAGAUGACGUUGACUUUGAAGUUCAUUUUCGAAAAACCAGAGCUGCUACCACACUUACAAAGUCCACACUGGAAAGUCAGAAUAAGAAGUCAACUACUCUGCCUGCAGACUUUCAUUAUGAUCCCGACAACAUUGCACGGAUGAGUUUGAGACCAAAAGACAGGAUAAGAAAGACAACUGUUCAAGACUCUGUUUCUGAGACUGAAGAUGACAUUGGUGAAUAUGAUUACAAUAAUCCCAAUGAUACUUCCAACUUUUGCCCAGCCCUUCAAGCUGCAGACAGUGAUGAUGAUGAUGAUGAUGGGGCAUUUUUGGGGCCGGAGUCCAACAGUGCUGGCUUUUCUGCCGAGAACCAGUUGAACAUCACAAGUUAUGGCGAGUCGAAUCUCGUGGCAGAACCACAGAAAGUUAACAAAAUAGAAAUUCAUUAUGCCAAAACUGCUAAGAAGAUGGACAUGAAGCGUCUUAAGAGCAACAUGUGGAGUCUGCUAGCUAACUGCCCUGAGUCACAGGAAGAGAUGCCAAGUUCAAAAAAAGAAGAAAUUGAUGCUGCAUUAAUAACUGAUGAGAGAAUAUUCAGCAGUGUCACCCAUGACUUGCAGAAAAGGUUACCUCCUGUGAUGGCUCAGAAUCUCUCAGUCCCCCUGGCAUUUGCUUGCCUCCUGCAUCUGGCUAAUGAAAAGAAUUUAAAGUUGCAAGGAAUGGACGAUCUAUCAGAUGUACUUAUAAUGCAAGAUGACUAACUAUUGGCAUGGCCUCUGAAUUCGAGUCUCCUGGAGGAAUUGUCAAGAGCGAACAAAUAACACCUUUAAGAAAAGAUAUAUAUAUUUUUUUUUUUUUAAAAAUGACUUUGGCCUUUUUUGCAUCUGUAGGAGGAAAAAAAUGUAGUUUCCACAAUGAAACUGAAAAUAUUUUUCAUAUAUAUGUAAAUAAUGUAUUUAUCUCAGAAUAAUACAUGUAGUUUUUUUUAAUCCCUUCCCAUUUAUAGCAGCCAGGAUAAAAUAAAACCCAAAAUAAGCCAAAGAUGUGUUAUUUUCCUUAAGUAUAUUUUUAAUUUACAUUAAUUAGAAUGAAUAUUUACAGUUUUGAGUGUUAUAUUCAGAUAUAUAUAUUUAUAUUCAGGUAUAUAUAUUUUUCCAUUUGUUGUUAUCAAAGGAAGAAUCGUGAUGUGCGUCUCUGAUAAUCCUUGCAUGGAUGUUUUCCGGUCUUUUGGAUUUGCUGCUGCCUUUCUGCAAACUCUGCAUCUAGAUUCUGAAAGACAUAUUAACGUUAGUGUGUAUGUGCUGGUUUAACUACUGUCACACGUAGGCCUGCGAAUAAACACAGGCCAAGAAACUGCCA